GGCCUCCUCCAUCCUGUCUCCCACCCACCUCCUCUCAGGGCUUCACGCACCAACACACAUGUCACACACCACUCACACACACACAUCAUCACAUCAACACACAUGCAUACCACUCACACACACCACACACCCCCACACGUCACUCACAUCAACACACAUACACAACACUCACACACACCACACACAUCCCCACUGCUCUCAUCAACACACAUACACGACACCUGCACACACCCUACACACUCCACACACACCACUCACAUCAACACACAAACACCACUCACACCACACACCCCCACACCACUCUCGACACAUAUACACAACACCUGCACACACCCCAUAUCAACACACAUACACAUCACUCAUACACACCCCACCCCUCCACACCACUCUCAACACACAUACACAACACUCACACACCCCACACACGCUGCAUACACCAUUCACAUCAACACAUACAUAUACACACUACUGACACACACCACACACACCCACACACACCACUCACAUCAACACACAUACACACCCUCACAUACGUGCCACACACACCAGUCACAUCGACACAUAUGCACACUAUUCACACACACACGACACACACCAUUCACACACAACACAUCACAUACCACUCACACAACCCACACUCCCCCACCAUUCACAGCAACAUACAUACACACCAUUCGCAUUCACACCAACACACCACACACACCACUCACAUCACUCAACACAUACACACCAUUCACACACACACCACACAUAUACCACUCACAACACACAUACACACCAUUCACAUACACACACCAUUUGGACACACCACACACACACCACUCACACCACUCACAUCAACACACCUACACACACACCACACACACACACCACUCACACACAUCACACAUCAUUUGCAAACACAACACACAUUGCUCAUACACCACUCAUAUACACACACCCCCACACACCACACACAACACAAACCACACAUGCACACACCAUUCACAUCAAUAAACACACCAUGCAUACACCACACAUAUGCACCACUCACAGAAAUCUCACCACACAAACCACUCAAACCAACAUACACACCACACACACACCAUAAACACACAUCACACUACUCAUACACAUACCACAGACACCUCUCUCACACCACACACACACACACACCACGUACACACAAACCACACACACCGCCCACCCCGGACCUCACAGGGAACAGCUUCCUCCUCGCUGAUGGUAGGAGGAACUCCCCGAGGUCAGGAAGCAGUGUCUAUUCAUUUGUCGUAUGGAAUCACCACACCCUUCAGUGAUGGCCAUGCUUUCCUUGUCACCUUCUUUGAGAUUGAGUGGGCCCCACAGAACGGCGUUCCCAGAAGCCUUGGUGACUGCUCAGAUCCCAGCUGCUUUACCUGCCAGCAUCCUGAAACUCAGUAAGAUCAGAGUCCAGACCUCAUAAGAUGUUGAGACUUC